GACCACGAUGAGUGUGCCGCACUUCCGGCCAGAUCGCCGGAUUUCCGCUGAGUGACCCUUACAAGUCCUUCUUGAUCCUGAACUGGGUUAGGUGCCGCUGUUGCUGCUCGUGUUGAAUCUAGAACCGUAGCCAGACAUGGGACUGGAGGACGAGCAAAAGAUGCUUACCGAAUCCGGAGAUCCUGAGGAGGAGGAAGAGGAAGAGGAGGAAUUAGUGGAUCCCCUAACAACAGUGAGAGAGCAAUGCGAGCAGUUGGAGAAAUGUGUAAAGGCCCGGGAGCGGCUAGAGCUCUGUGAUGAGCGUGUAUCCUCUCGAUCACAUACAGAAGAGGAUUGCACGGAGGAGCUCUUUGACUUCUUGCAUGCAAGGGACCAUUGUGUGGCCCACAAACUCUUUAACAACUUGAAAUAAAUGUGUGGACUUAAUUCACCCCAGUCUUCAUCAUCUGGGCAUCAGAAUAUUUCCUUACGGUUUUGGAUGUACCAUUUGUUUCUUAUUUGUGUAACUGUAAGUUCACAUGAACCUCAUGGGUUUUGGCUUAGGCUGGUAGCUUCUAUGUAAUUCUCAAUGAUUCCAUCUAAAUAAAAGUUCUGUGAUCUGCAAA